UUCCUCAUUCCCACAACCUGCUCCUUUACUGUGCAGACCAGCUGUGAGUCCCCAGGUGUUUUGUGUCUUGAAUUACCGACCGGAAUUGACUGUCACUGUCAGGAUGGCACUUUCAGAGUGGACCAGUGUUUUCCUGGGAGAAGCCAAAGGUGUCCUGCAUGGAGACACUUGGAAACUGAGGUUUGAUCCCUCUAUUCAACCCAACUCUCCAGAGCCAGGAUGGAAGGAAUAUGUCAGUAACACUGGUGCAAGGUUUCGCUGCACCCAGUGUCCUAGAGCCUGGCCUUCCAACCGAGUGAUGGUGAUCUUCCACAUGAGGCUGUCGGACGGGAAGGGCCGUGUCAAAGUGAAGAGCUUCAAGCAGAGCUGCAAUAAAUGCACUAACCCUCCAAUGGUGGAUCCCGACAUCAGCACAGAGAACAUCACCAUCCUCAUGAAGAAUCUGGUGAUGAAGAUAAGAAGAAAGUGCUACAAGGAAAAACUGGAUCAAGGCGACUAUAAUCACGAAUGGCUUGAAGUCAAUAAUCCUCACGAGCCUAAUCAUUGUGAAGGAUGUAAAGAAGGCAUCUGCAACAGCUGCAGCUGAGAUUUGUCAAUCUUCAGCUGAAUCUUCUGUUCUUUGUAACAGCAUAAAACAACUGUUCCCGUUGUCCCAGAUUUAUUAAAAUGAUUUUCGCUUGAUGCUUCUUGAGCUAAGCUUUCUCUGUCCAUGUACACUGUACUAUAACCUUGUUUGUGCUUGUAAUGCAUACAAUAAUUAUACUAUUGUUAUCAUUUAUUAUGUUGAUGAUGUAUUUCAUGUCAGUUGAUGAAAUGCAUCUGCAAGGGGAAAUACAUUUGCUGUCAAAAGAAAUAUAGUGUGUAAGCAUUACCAAAAAAAACCCUAUACCCUCCAUGCACCGUUGCCCUGGUGACAACACAUAAAGAAACUAUACUCAUAUACCUCAUUUUACAACAACAUAUAAGGUACUACAUACUGUAUAUGAGGAAGUGCAAUCCGAAGUAAAUUUAAGCUGCAAUGUUGAUAACAAUAAUGUUGUCUAGUAAAAACCUUGGAUUUCAAAAUAAAGCUGGCUUAAUUAAAUCAAA